AGCUGCUUGCUCCCGGCGCCUUCCGCUGUGUUCACUCUCCAGUCUCCUCCUUGCCAAGCAAGCUCUCCGGUCUCCGCCGCACGCGAAAAUGAUAGACAUCAAGCUCUUCCGCGCCGACGAGGACGCCGAUCCGGAUCGCGUCCUCCUCGAGUCGCAGCGCCGCCGCUUCGCCCCCGACGAGGACGUCCACGAGGUCGCCGCCCUCGACAACGCAUGGCGCAAGAUGCAAUACGAGCUGGAAAAGAUCAGGGCGGAGCUUAACGCCACCAGCAAAGCGAUCGGAAAGCUCAAGGCCGCCGGCAAUCAAGAGGAGGAGGCGGAGAAGCUGAUGGAGGCAACGAAGGAGACCAAGGAGAGGCUGGCUGCCAAGGAAGCUGAGGUGCACGAGACCAAGACCAAGCUCGACGCCAAGCUCUUGACAAUUGGCAACAUUGUCCACGAGUCCGUAAUCGUCAGCGACGAUGAGGCAAAUAAUGCAACUUUGGUGACAUGGGGAGAGAGGAGAAUGGAGGGGAACUUGAGAAAUCACUUCGAUCUUUGCAGGAUGCUCGACGUUGCAGAUUUCGAGAAGGGUGUUAGCGUGGCUGGCGGUCGGGGUUUCUUUUUGAAGGGUGACGGUGUCCUCCUGAACCAGGCAUUGAUAAAUUUUGGGCUAGCUUUCCUAAGAAAACGCGGCUUUAAGCCAAUGCAAACCCCCUUUUUCAUGAGAAAGGAGACUAUGGGAAAAUGUGCGCAGUUGGCCCAGUUUGAUGAGGAACUUUACAAGGUAACUGGUGAUGGGGAUGAGAAGUAUCUCAUAGCCACCUCUGAGCAAGCAUUGUGCGCUUAUCAUCUAGGUGAUCGCAUAUAUCGUGCUGAAUUGCCCAUCAGAUAUGCUGGUUACUCCACCUGCUUCCGGAAAGAGGCGGGUUCACAUGGGAGAGACACUGCUGGCAUCUUCAGGGUCCACCAGUUUGAAAAAAUCGAGCAAUUCUGCAUCACAAGCCCGAAUGGAAACGAGUCAUGGGAGAUGUUUGAAGAGAUGAUUCAAAAUUCACAAGAUUUCUACAAGGGGCCAACCCCCUGA